UAAUGUCUUCAAAGAGCAAGAAAAAAUGGAAUUUUGGGAAAUUAUUCAUAUCCAAUGGAGCUAGUUGUAGUGGUUGUAGUAAGCCAAAUUCAGUAGAUAUAUUAGAACCAAAUCCAAAGCCAAAACUCAAAAUCCCUAUUCACACAAAGCAAUCACCUAGCAUUUGUCACACUUCUUCAAGUUUUGGGAAAAUCAAUGAUAAUGAUCUUGAUGAAGAUGAUCACACUUCCAUCACAUUUUCCGUCAACAUAGAUUCAUUAUCUCCAUCUAGUUCUAAUCAAAAUGAUUCUACCAAUUUAUCACCGUCAGAAGCGAAUUCAAAAUCUAGAGUCAGCAUGUUUCCAGAAAGUCGUGGUGGUAUUGCCGUUGUUAGGAACUCAGAUGAUCCAUUUCAAGAUAUUAAUUUCACUUCCACCACCUUCUGUACUAGCAUAGAUUCAUUAUCUCCACCUAUUUCUGAUCAAAAUAAUGAUACCAAUAUAUCACCGUCAGAAGCGAAUUCAGAAUUUAGAGUCAGCUCUUUCCCAGAAAUUCGUGACGGUGUUAUUGUUAUAAAGAACUCAGAUGGUCCAUUUCAAGAUAAUCACACUUCCGCCACCUUCUCUACUAACAUAUCUUCAUUGUCUCCACCUAUUUUUAAUCAAAAUAAUGAUACCAAUUUAUCACGAUCAGAGGUGAAUUCAGAACCUAGAGUCAGUUCGUAUCCAAAAAUUCAUGACGUUACUGUCGUCAAGAAUUCAGAUGAUCCAUUUCAAGAUAAUCACACUUCCAACACCUUCUCUACUAACAUAGAUUCAUUAUCUCCGCUUAGUUUUGAUCAAAAUGAUUAUGUCAACUUUUUACUGCCAUCAGAUCAGGCGGAUUCAGAAUUUAGAGUCAGCAUAUGCCCAAAAAUUCAUGGUAGUGUCGUGGUGGUCAAGGAUUCGAGUGAUCCGUUUCAAGAUUUCAAGAAAUCCAUGCUCCAAAUGAUCUUUGAGAUGGAAAUUUACUCACCUGAAGAUUUAAAGGAGCUAUUGAAUUGUUUUCUACAUCUGAAUUCGUCUUCUUAUCAUGAGAUUAUUAUUCAAGCUUUCUUGGAUAUUUGUGCCAAUUGAAAGAUUAUAUUGUGAACAUUUUUUUAAAAGAGGUUUAUGAAAAGAUAUAGGAGGAGAAAAAAGCUUUUAUUUUAUGAAACAGCUAUUAGUAGCUGAUAUCCUUUUUAAAAUUUUAAUUUUAUAUGUUAAUUUU